AUGUCUCAUAAGGCCAUGACUGCUUCCUCUGGUUCUUCUCAUAACAAAGGGGACGGAAACUCUCGUUCUUCAGAAACCAAAGGAGGAAAAUCAGAUAAGGAAGGAUACACUGAAUUGGAGAAACAUGUGGCCUUCUUCGACAGGAACGGAGACGGCAUCGUUUAUCCAUGGGAAACCUACCAAGGGUUUAGAGCGAUCGGGACAGGUCGUCUCAUGUCGGCUGUUGCUGGUCUCUUAAUCAACAUGGGACUUAGCCAGAAAACUCGACCGGGGAAGAGUUUUUCGCCAUUGUUUCCAAUAGAAGUGAAGAAUAGUCGCUUAGGCAUCCAUGGUAGUGACACCGAUGUCUACGACAAGGACGGGAGAUUUGUGGAAUCGAAAUUCGAGGAGAUAUUCAAGAAGCAUGCUCACACACAUCAAAAUGCUCUCACUGACAAGGAAAUUCAACAGUUGCUUAAGACUAAUAGAGAACCUAAAGAUCUCGAAGGAUGGAUUUCAGCAUACGCAGAAUGGAAAAUAUUACAUGCGUUAUGCAAAGACAAAAAUGGUUUGUUGAGUAAAGAGAAAGUAAGGGGCGUUUACGAUGGUAGCCUUUUCAAGCAAAUGGAGAAGGAAAGAUUAGAUCUUCUUCGUCACAAAUGA